AUGCUCGCGCUUCUGAUUCUCUCGCUGGCCGCGCCGGCCGACGCCUUCCUCUGGGAUCUUCUGGGCUUGGGCGGUGGUGGUGGCGGCGGAGGCUGUGAUGCCUGUUCGGGCGGAGGUUACGGCCAACCGUAUGGUGGAUACGGCCAACAGUAUGGUGGGUAUAGUCAGCAAUAUGGAGGAUAUCAAGGUGGAGAGUACCAACAAGCUGAACUCAUCGAACAACCCGUGUACGUUAGGCCAGCAUCGUACCGUGCUCCAAGCUACGUGUCACGACCAGCAGCAAGACGUAAGAGAUUAGAAUUUGUAAAACGAAGGUAGCAAACAGAGAAAAACUUACUGUUAAGGGUUUUUGUAAUGUUUGGAACGGAAGGGAACGUUGCAAACAUUAGGUAAUCACUUUACCAAUGUUUACAAUGGGUAAUAUUGCUUCCACAAAGGUUUACAAUAGGUAAUAAGUGUUAGAAAGACAGCAAUAUAAUUAAUUAAAAAAGUAAUGUCAAAUAUGAAAUGUCAGGCAACAAAAGACAAGGUCAUCUACAAAAGGUAACGUUAUUCUAAAACAUUUAUUGCAGCUGUAACAUAUAUUAUCCGCAAGAAAUACUACCGACCAGUCGUUGAACGUACCACAGUAGAAGUUGCUCAACAGCCGCAACCCACUUACAGCCAGCCGGCUGCCUCUACUUACAAUACUGGCCCAGUAGCCUCAGCUUCUUCAGCCGCGUCGACUUCGUACAAUCAGCCAAGUGUAUCUACAGGUGAAUCUACGUACAACCAGGGAGGAUCAAACUACAACCAAGGUGGUGGAUCUACUUACAGCCAAGGGGGUGGAUCUUCUUACAGCCAAGGAGGAUCAACAUAUAAUCAGAAUGUAGGUACGACAUACUCACAGAGUCAAACUGAAGUCGCAGCUCCAGCUCAAGUCGAGGAAACAGAAGUUGUGAGUUACUUUUUACUAUAUGUUACUAUAAUAUGAUACAUAUUCUUGUAUUUAUUAUAGUAAUAUGUACAAAAAUAGCAUCAAUAGAACUGAUAAUUAGAUAACAACAUGUCUCUUUUGCGCAUAUUAUACAUUUUAUGCUUGUUACGCUAUUUUUAAAAGUUGUCGUAACAAUAUCACUUCCAAACCAUCUCAGUAGCCUAAACAUCAUUUCCCAUAGUCGAAUUAGUACAACCCGGAAGUAGACUUUCCAGUGAUUAAAGAUGUAUAUACAGCAUGUGUAUGUAUACAUCAUGUAUAUGUAUAUAUAAUGUAUAUAUUAUUGUUUUUAUACAUAAUUUAUAAUAUAUAUUGUUAUUCCAGCCUGGAAACUACAACACUGAGACUUCUGGAAGCAGCUACAAGAAAGCGAUCAGAGCGUAG